UUUUAGUCCGGUGCACAAGAGAAGCAUGGCGUCGACCGGAUGAAUCGGCCUAGAAACUGAACGAUAUUACUUUCUUCAGUGUUUACUCUCAUCUCUAAGGAGACAUGGAACACCCAGCGUGUUUUGGUGAGGGCAUGAAGCAGUUUGUCGUACUCGACGCUCUGCCCACAGUGCACUACAUCCCCGAUUUCAUAUCAGAGGAAGAAGAGGCCUCGCUUCUACAGCAAGUCUACAGGUCUCCAAAGCCGAAGUGGACUCAGCUGUCGGGCCGCAGGCUGCAGAACUGGGGCGGGUUACCGCAUCCCAAGGGAAUGCUGCCGGAGAAGAUUCCUGACUGGCUCCAGACUUACUGUGAGAAAAUCUCCUCUCUCGGUGCGUUCAGCGGGAAAACGGCCAAUCAUGUGUUGGUGAACGAGUACAAAGAAGGAGAAGGGAUCAUGCCUCAUGAAGACGGCCCUCUGUACCACCCCACCGUCACCACCAUCAGCCUGGGCUCCCACACCCUGCUGGACUUCUACCGGCCCGUCAGCAGCCUGGAGGGCGAGGCGCCGCAGACCGAGGAGAACCGGUACCUGUUCUCCCUGCUGGUGAAGCCGCGCAGUCUCCUGAUCCUGCAGGACGACAUGUACCAGCGUCUGCUGCACGGCAUCCGGGCGGUCAGCCAGGAUACGCUGACGGACAAGGUGGUGAACCUGUCGGCGGCCGGUGGCCUGGCAGGGGAGACGCUGACACGAGGCACCAGGGUGUCACUCACUGUGAGACAUGUGCCCAAAGUCAUAAAGACAAAGCUUCUACUGGGAAGGAAAUGAUGAAAGACUGUGUGUGGACCUGAGAGGUUGUUAGAGUUGAAACAUCACAUCAACGGACAUAUAAUCCCGGCUGCUCUCGGAAGUUAAUAGAUAUAGUAUUAUUUUACUGGUUGUAAUUGGUGUAUGUUCUUGGAAAAAUGUUCAACCAGUCUCUUAUAUUAUGAGCUGAUGUUGGCUUUGCUCAGAUGCGGUGUUUGCAGUGCAGAAAGGACAAAGAUAUGAUUGAGGUCCAUUUAGAAACAGUGUCAUAUGUAGUUUUCCCACCAGAUGGCGCUGACAAGUUUAUUUUUACCCACUGAAACGUGUCUGGUCAGUUCAUAUCAUCAUCACAGCUCUUUGGUGUAGAGAACAUUGUUGUGUAAUGUCUUCACUGAGUCAGGACAGACAGAUUUGUUCAGUUUGAGAAAAUAAGAAACACAAUUUGCACUCUGGGAAAUGUAGGUUCCAGCUUUUGUUAAACUUAUGUUUAUCAGUCUUGCUUUAAAUCUGGCUCAUUCAUUGUCUGCUCUCUCCACCAACUCAACUGCUAUGUUGAGUUCAGAUUUAUCAAGAAAUCUAUUUUUUUUGCAGAUCUAUAUUUGCCUUGAACUGUCGAUACCAGUUGGGUUUUAAUAUAAAGAUCUACUUUGUACAGUAAAUGUUCGUGUCUCUUUUGUGUGUUUUUAAUGUUCAUGCAUCAAAUGCUACCCGGCUGUUUCAUGUGACACAGAAAAGUGCUGCAGACGACAAGAACAUGUAUGAGACACCACUGGUACAUUAUGUCAUUUAUUAAACAGUUUCUUUAAGAUCACUUUUAUCUUUGAAGUUCCAACUGGUGUUUUUCAUGCUUUGAGUGAUUUUGACCACAAAGUCACCAGGUCUUUUAUCUACUUGUAUCAUGUAGUUGUGCCUUGGUUUGUGUGGAAUACAACAGAAAGUCUUUGUCACCAUGUCCUCUCCCUGCAAACGCACUAAUUUUGUUUCACUUU